CUCUUCCAACGAGGCAGACGAAAUGGGGGUGGUGCCCUCGUUUCCAUACAGGGAUGUCCCAAUCUAUGGGGAUACGGCUGACAUUAUGGCAUUGUAUUUUCGUGGCGUUUGGGGUUGCUUGCUCACCCCGAAGAAUGUCAGUGACCUGGCAGAUACGACUGGCAUUCGUUACCAUGUCUGGGUCGCUACCAAGAAAGUACUCGAAAGAUAUCCGUUAGUCUUUGGUUCCUUAUGUUUAUGGAGCGUCAGCGAUCAUAUAACAGAAAAUCCUCGAAAACGUUCUAUAUGAGGCUUGUCCUUCGGCAAUUCCUUUUUGAACUUGGCUUGGCCAUGUUAGAUGUAGUCAAAGGCCCGGUGGUGAUAUUCAUCGAUUCGCGACUUCACGACAGCAAGGCUGCCAUGGUGUACGAAGCCCGUGCCCUCGUCGAACUUUUUGACCGAGCUGAUGUCCGACGAUGGAGAGUUAUCAUCACGCUUCCAGCGACAGAUGACGGUAUCCGUGCUGCGCGUGAACUCACCAACAGAUACUCAAUAAGUAUACAUCUCUCAGUGGUGACUUCCCUUGCACAUGCUCGCGCCUGCAUCGAAGCCGGAGCAACUAUGCUGAGUAUGAAUAUCGCUCCAAUCAUGACAUGGUUCGAGAAGAAAGACGAAGUGGAAGUCGAACACCCAAUUGCUCCCGACCAUCCUGGCAUUAAGACGAUACAAUCAUGCAUCGAUUACAUCCACCAAAACUCUCUGAACACUUCUUUGCUAGUAACUGACAUUCGGGAUUGGGAUGAAUUGAAGCAAUUGGGUGGCAUUGGCGCCGUCGCGCUGUGUCAAGAGCUGCUCGAUCAGAUUUCCAUGCUUGGGCUUACGACCUGGUUUCCAGAAAUAUUGGAAGAGUGCGACGAUCCGCCUGUAUGUCAAUAUUCUAAGUAUCCUUUCGACUUCCGGAACCGCGAGAGAGGUCUCGGAAUGACUUUGUCUGCUGGGGAUCGUAGUAUCAUGUCGUCUGUGGUUUACAUUCACCUUGGACGAAACAAAAAUUUUAUGCAGAAGAUUGAAGAUGUUAUCAGAAAAGAAGUCGACGAGCAUCUCUACGUGGACGCCUUCGAUCCGCUCUCUACUACUCUAUAUGGCCAGGAGUCGAUUGGGUGGCGAAAACACGAACAAGACUAACAUGGGCCGCGACGGCUUCUCCUGGAUCAAUGAAAAAAAAAACCAGGUUCCGAGGCGUCCCAUGACCCUGAGAGCUACGAUAAAUC